AUGGGUGAUACAGUGAGACUCCGUGGUGGUUUUGUUAUGAGGAGUUUGGAAACAACAGACGAACUGAUGCCGGCUAACCAUAAAGAUAUGCUCCCCGAAUGUGAGUCACCUAGCAAUACAGAGUCGGACAGAGAUCCAAAUACUGACGAACUGCCAUCCAAACCAGCAGAAGGUGAUAAUGAGUCUAGUGACGAGGAACCGGCUGCUGGAGAAGGUUUAUCCGAGGAGGUCUACGAAGUGGAGAAGAUUUUAGAUCAUGAUGAAACAAAAGAAGGAUUAUUUUAUCUGGUGCAUUGGAAAGGUUUUACGGAAGAGGAUGAUUCUUGGGAGCCAGCCGAAAAUCUAGUAUUCGCCACCAAAGCUAUUGCUGAAUAUGAGUCCACGAGAAAAGCGAAAAGCAAGAAGUGUUUCUACAGUGUACCGAAGGUUUUCAGGAGCAGGAGGCGCACUCGACAAAAGGCAUCGGCUGAGAAAUCGGAGUCAGAACCAGAGCCCGAGAUUCCUUCCGAUGACAUUGAGGAUGAAGAUUUCACUGAAAAACCAAAGUCUUCGAAAAAAUCCUCAACACUUCCUCCGAAAGGUUCUGGCACGGUUACCAAGGCUGCACUGAAAUCAUACUCACCGACUACUCCCAAAGUUCGUAGGGGGUCAACAUCCACGUCCACGUACGUAUCACCUUCUGAAACAAUGUCAGCGGCAAAAAAGGAUUUUGAGGUGAAACCUGAUCAAAUGCAGGCCUUGCUUAUGCGCCAGUCUUGGUUGUACGAUAGUGAUUCUGAUGAUGAUUCUGGUACUGAAAAGGAAAACGAGAAGAAAAUGGAACAACUUAUUAAUACAACAACAAGCUCUGCGUCAGCCCCAAGUACUUCCAUCGCCGAUGAUACUCCGCAAGAAGAAGUGCAGAUAUUUGCUAUAGGUAAAGUUAACGAUGGGCGCAUCAGAGUGGUGAUUGGAAAUGAUCAAGCAAAAAAGGUUGUGUCAUUGCGUGACGCACAUGACGCUAACUCAUGGGGAUUACUGCAGCAUCUCCUGCAGUAUGCCGUUUUCGACGAUUUCGAUGAUUGA